GAUCAGUCUGGUUUCCAGAUCCCAACCAAUCAGGGAGCCUAUUCUCUCCAAAUCCAACAAUGUCACGCUGGACCUGCAGGUCUGCACAGCUCUGCUUAUGACCCCAAUGUGCAAAUAGUGCAGUGCGGCAUGGUCCAAAGAGCACUCUACCACCACAGUUACAUCCCUCAGCCUGCGAUGGGGCUUCCCCAGCAACCACUGUACUACAGCCAGCCAGACCACCACGCUGUAAUCUACCAGGUACCCCCGAACCAGCUCCAGCAGGGCUUAUAUCAGCAGCCGUCCGCCAGACAGCCUGCCUUCUACCUGCCUCCCUACCAGGACCCCCUGAACAGAACCGGCAGCCUGCCUGCGAGCUUCCAGCCCCUGCAGGAGCCUUACAUCCAGUGCCACGUCCAGGAGAAGAACAGCAGCCUGCAGGCACCAGCGGACCUUACGCAUUUCGGAUUGAGACACGUGGCGACCUUGCUGCCAGGGAGCGCCGCAGCACCGCUGUUACCAGGAGGCACCCAGACUAUAAAACUGGAAGUCCCGGGCGCUGCCUUCGAGUCGCAGGCUGCUGCUCUCAAACCCCGGACUCCUGCUCCAUCGAUUAUAACAGCCUCUGUCCUCCCACACGGGAUCCUUCCCCGAUUCCUCAGAAUUCAAGGUCAGUGUUUUGAACAGCAGGGAAGCCCGGUCUGGGACAGUGACCUGUCAGAGUUUGCUUCCCUCCUCUCUGCUGUGAAAGAUUCAUCCAGCAGUUCAGAGUGUGCACUGGAGGACCUGAAUAAGACUUCCCAGCUCAGAGAGGAUGGACCAGAAUGCCCCAAGCCUGAAUUCAAGGUUAAGAAAGAGGCAGCAGCUGAUCUGAAUGUGAAAGAACCGAGGGAGGAACUCGUUCGAGAUGCUCGACCGCUGACAGGCACGGCUGAAGUCACUUCAUUGGAAGAGGCCAUGAAAAUAUUCCUCUGUGAGCCAGAUCUGGGCAAAGCAAUGAGGUGCCGGGAGCACGCAUUCCCAGCAAGCACAGGGGCCACCGCUCUCAGAGAACCAGAGAACCAGGUCCACUUGCUAAAGACCGUCCCCAGCGGGACAGCUUCUCGUGCAGCUCCUGAAGAAGAGGUUUGUCUCGGCGGUCUUUUUAAAAUCCCGGGGGCUGCAGAACCUGGAAGGCAGAUGGAAUUCUUUUACGAAGUCGAUAACCUGGGCUGGUUCUGCGACUUUCAGAUUUUCGGCCGGCCCGUGUCCCUGGAAGGAAUGGAAAGGCAGGGGGCUGGUCCCGAGAACGUUGUGUAAGAGCUUCACUUUUAAGGAGGAUCGAAAGCUGGGGACUCAGAGCGUGACUCGGCCUGUGCUCCCUCGAGACAUCUCAGGAAAGAAAAAACAGAACAUGUGGACAGAUAGAUAGAUAGGUAUAUAGAUAUAUAUUGAAAAUACGAUCAGUGUCAAUAAAACUGUAUUUAUACAUGCAGCUUCUGUAGCACACGGCCAAACCCUGCAGAAGUAGAUCAUCUGAUAACUCAUGACAAACAAGGUGUCUGUAGCAAACACGUUUCAAUGUCCAUUUCCUACAUUCAUUCAUGGUCAAGGUUCACUUAUCCUGAAAUAGAAGGGGCAUGUCAAUUUCUCCAGGAUGUAUUCCUACCUUGAAGACAGAAUUUC